AUGCCAGCAACCCAUGGCGACCCCUCCCUCCCCUACCACGAACUCCCCGCCGCAAACUUCAUGCCCCACAUAAUCCCCAGCAAGUCUAUAGCCAUGCGCGCCGAGGACAUCAGACCACUUCAAUUCAAGCCCGAAUGGACAAUACCUAUGAAUAUCUCGACGACGAAAAGCAUCGUGCCCGAUAUCGAUGAUCUCGGGCAGAUCAGCUAUAUGGAUCCGGAGGGGGAGCAGGUCGAGGACACAUACUACGGCUGGUCGCGUGCAUUCUGCGAGAACAUGAAGGCGCGUCGCAGAGGUUCGACGCACAACGCACGGAGAACACGUUCACGCAGCUACAGCAGCGGGAGCAGUCGAAGUCGAAGCAGAAGCCCGCAUAAGAGGAGACGGCUGAGCAGUGCUAGUGAGGCAUCAUCGCCAGGUCCCGCGCCAGGUCUGGGAGCUUCUUCCAACCAUAAAAACAAAUUCCGGCCUCCACCGCGCUCCAGGUCGACCUCGCCGCCUCCAGCAAUGGGACCAUCGCUGGGUAGUCAGAACACGACAAAUGUUCCCCCACCACCGAACUUCCCUCCCUCCGGCUUACCAACUGUGCCGCCAAUGCCGUUUCUCCUGGGGCCAAAUGGAGUGCCAAUGCCGCCACCGAGACCACCGAAUUGGAACGGGCCCUGGCCACCCCCGUUGCCGCCGCCACCUCCACCACCAGGGCAUCAGGGAAUGUGGAAUUCACGUUGA